CUCUCCCUUCCUCUCCCUUCCUCCCCACCUGCAGGGGGCCCGCCGAGCUCCAGCUCCCUCCCCGCGGCGCGGACUGAGGGGGAGCUUCGCGCAGCUGCUCCCGCUGUGGCCGAGGCUGCCGCUGCUGCUGCAGCUGCCGAGGCGGCGGUGCGCCCUGCGCGCAGCAACCGACCGCGCGGGAAGCGCUCUGGCUGACCCAGCCGCGGCAGCGCCAGCUUCCUCCGCGAUUCCGGCCCGGAGUCCCCGGACGUGGGCAGCGGGCGGGGGAGCCCCAGCCACCUGCGCCGGGCUCCCGGCCGCUCCUGCCACCUGCGCCGGGCUCCCGGCCGCUCCUGCCCGGGGCAGGCUCUUGGAGCGCGCAGCCGGCGCUUGGUGCUGCCUAUGGGAGCUUCCCGGAGCGCCAAAGAGUGGCAAGACCCAGGGAGUCUGAGCCAGGGAGAACAAGGGAGGUGGACAUGAGCUCUACAAGAAUAAUGGAUAUUAAGAUGCGAGAAGCUGCAGAAGGGCUUGGUGAAGAUAGCUCAGGAAAGAAGAAAUCCAAGUUCAAAACUUUUAAAAAAUUCUUUGGAAAGAAGAAGAGAAAAGAGACUUCAGCAUCUGCAAGUAGCAGUAGCUGGAAGCCAACCCAAUCAGAAAGUGAUGUCAUUGCUCCAGUAUCUAUGCCCAUUGGCUAUGACUCAGAGGAUGAACUUGAGGAUCACAAGGGUACCCUGGGGAACCGAGCCCUUUCACAUGACAGCAUUUUCAUUCCCGAGACGGGUCAAGACCCUCCCAGACCGGCUCGAGUGUUUUCUCAGGAAAAUGUGUCAGAGAGGAUCAGAGCUUUACAGAUGAAAAUCCAAUAUAAUAUGAAACUGGGCCCCCCUCCUCCAUGUGGGAUUCCCAGUAAGCGAGGAGAUGAUGCUGGCAUGAGUUCUGAAGAUGAUGGGUUACCCAGGAGUCCUCCAGAAAUAUCUUUAUUACAUGAUAUAAAUACCAGCACAACAACAAAAGUCUCUAUAGUUUCUUCUUCCAGACCCCUCUCUCCAGACCAUCUUUUCUCCAGACAUGCCAGUGAUACCAUGACAUCUCCACGGACAUCUGACAGUAGUCUCUCACCUCUAGCAGAUUUCGAUUAUCCUCCUGAAUUCUCUUCCUGCCUCGAUAACUCUGCAGCAAAGCACAAACUCUUGGUAAAACCUAGAAACCAGAGGUCCAGCAAAAUGAGAAGGUUGUGUUCGCGUGCACAGUCAGAGUCUCUAAGCGACCUGACUUGUACCCCAGAGGAAGAAGAGGAGGACGGGAAACAAAUGCUCAAAGACCACAAAGAUGAGAAUUCCAGUUACGGCCAGGAGGAAAUGAUGGACAAGGAGACCAUAGCAAAUAGCUCAGAGAUUCUGAAGUCAGAGAUAUCUGAGGAACCUUCCCAGAGCCAAGAGGAACAAGAUGAAAAGCCUGAGGUGUCUCAACUUCCUGAUGUAUUUGCCAGCACAGAGGAAUUGUCAUCAGUAGUAAAUACCCUUGAGACUACAGUGGAAGUCAGUUGUGCAGAGUCAGAGCCCUCUUCUUUAGACCCCUCUUCUCUUCCUGAAAACUCCUCAUCUCUUACUCUAGAUGAGGAACAAAGCAAAAAAACAUCUCUCACAGCAGUGUCUCCUCCUACAGAGAAUACAUGUGAGGAGUUGGUUUGUACACUUAAUGAAGUCCAAAAUCAAUCUGCUGACAGCCCUCUAGAUAUACCCUCUCCAAAGGCUAUUUCCAACACUACUGAAAUUUCAUCCAGUUUAGAUUGUUCAGAAAAAAAUAUACAGGAGUCAAAAGACAGCCUGGAAGUGUCUGAUGCUGGGGAAUCAAUGAAAAAAUCCACUGUAAUACCCGACUUGAGCACUCAGUUACCAAAGAGUUGUUUGAAAAACAAAAGCUCUUCAGUCACCUCAAGUCCCAGUGUUUCUCCCAUUCCUCUAGAUUUAGUCUCACCACAACUGGGACCUACCCCCUGGCACUUGGAGAAAAACACCACCCCAAAAGAGGUCCCCAAGUCUGAGCAGCAAAGCUCUCCUCCCACGGUUACUGGGGCAGGGGUGUCAGAAGGGAAACUGGAAAGGGGAACCAGUGAAGUGAGGAGUUCCAGAAAAUUUUCUGUGUCUUCCUCCUGGGAGAGACCAAAAGCUAGCAGCCUGUAUCCAAAAGAACAUUUAGGCAGCGAAACUCCAUCAAGCACAAAAUUGUCUUUGCUGAAGACAAACCUGGCUCCAAAAAAUGAGGUAACCAAGGAUAAUCUUCAGAUGAACACUGAACACCAGGAAGGGAAAUUGGGCAUUAUAAAACAGGCAGUCUCAUUCGAGAGUGACUCUCAGAACUCUGUAGACAGAGAAGGGAACCACACUGGGCUGAGAUGUACAUCCCCGGCUUCUAGUGUCUUGCCUCCAAAGGCAGAUCCCUGUCCACAGUUACUGAGUCAGCCUGUCAUUGAAGACAAAAAUCCCUUUCAAGUCAAACUGCGGUCCACCUCCUUGUCUUUCAAAUAUAGAGAUGGAUCUUUCCCAGAAUCAAAAGGAAUGAAGCGAUACAGUGCAGAGAUCAGGGUGGAGAAAGGAGGGUUGACUUUGCUUUCUAAAGAUGAAAAAACUCGAAUCAAAAGACUAUCAGAUAUAAGCGCAGCUAGUCCUUUAAAUGACAAAGUGAAAGGUAAAGCCAAGUCCUCUGAGCAGCUUAGUCACAAGCCUCCUUUACCCAAGAAACCUGUUUUGCAAACUGUAACUACUCCCCACUCACAUACAGUCCCUCCUGGGAACCUUGAAAAACUGGACAAAUUAAUCAAGUCUCCAGAAUCCAGAAAUGAAACUAAGAACUUGGAGAAAAAGUUGCCUCUUCACAAAGUAGCUGAGAAAAACAUGCCGUCCCCAGCCCCUGGAGUUUCAGACGGCCACUCACUGCCACCGUGGAUUACUCUAGCCAGGCAGAAGCGUCGGGGCUCACGAGAACAACAGCAACCAAGCAAGGAGGAAAAGCUUGCGACACCAGCCACGAAGGCAGACACAGAAAAGACGAGGGACGAUCUGGACAGAAAAGAGGAGCGCAUUAAGCAACAAGCCGACUUUGUCCGUAGCAAAUCUUUCCUGGUGCAACCAGCUAAAACUGCUGAAGAACAGAAGCCAAGAGCAAAGCUGAAUCUCAAAGAAGGACUUCAUCGAGGCAUUUCACUUUCCCAUCAGAACCUGGCAGCUCAAGCUCCAGUGAUGACUGAAAAAGAACUAAACCAGCUAAAGAGGGCCAGUUAUUCCAGCGUAGAUCAGCCAUCCUGGAUGGAACUUGCCAAAAAGAAGUCUCAAGCCUGGAGUGACAUGCCCCAGAUUAUAAAAUAGGUUGACUCAUAGCUGAUUUAAAAAAAAUUUUUUUUCACUGCUUUGACAAGUUAAUAACCCACUUAAUGGAACUGCUAGUUAAGUUAUGGCACAGGAUCUAUGAAAACUGAGAGUGAUUUUAUCAUCAAGUUAGAAGUGGGGUAAAUGUGCAGUAAAAGGGAGGUCAAUGAAAUGACUGUAAUCUUGGGCCAGAGUUUACCAAAAUCUUUGAAGUGAUAAAUACUUGGAAUGACACACCUGGGAAGUCAUCCAGAUACCAUUUCUUAUGGGCCAAUAGGAACAAGUGUGUUUGUUUUUGUUUUUUUUAAACUUAAAUUUCUUUUGUAAUAUAGACUCUGCUGCUUGAGGGAAGAGCAGGCUGUCUCAAGUGAAAUGUGUGCUAGGAAAUUAGACUUCUUUGCAAGACUGGAAUAGAAAUGGUUUCCUGAAUAUCAUGAAUAUGCCUUUCCUUCUGAGGACCAGCCUUUGGAUAUCCCCUGAUCAGAGGGUCACAUGUGCUCUUGUCCAUGUUUAUGACCAAGAUUGACAUUGACUUUGGAACCGAGCAGAAGAUGUGAACUAAUUUAUUUCACAUUGAAAUAAUAGCAGAGAGGGAGAGAGAGAAAAAGAGAGACACACAGAGAGAGAGAGAGAGACAGAGAGACAGAAACAAUGAGGCAGAAAGACAGAGAGACAGAUAGAGACAAACAGAGGGAGACACCCAGAAAAUGUCCUCGAUUUGGAAACUAUAAAUAAGAAAAUUUUUAAAGAUGUUUUCCACCUGAUGUGAGUGUCCUUAAUCAUUGCAGGACUAAAAAACAAUCCAUUUAAUGAAGCAAUGAAACAGCCUCUGUUAAAUAGUAAAUGUUCUGGUUUUCAGUAGUGUCUGGGCUAAUUAUAAAUACAGGUCCAUUUAAUGUAUAAAACAGAUGCUUUUUUUUUUUUUUUGGAGGGGCAGAAACAAUCAGGAAAAUAACCUAGUCAGUUUAAAUUAACAUAUUGAAAAGAUGUUUUUUCUGUGAGAGAGAGAGAAUAUUAGCUAUAUUCUAAUUCAUCAUUAUGCACAAACAUUUCUACCAAAACCCAGGUCAUAAAUACAAUACCCAGAAUGAGCUAUGGCUAUUUCUACUUCAUUUGGAUAACAGAGUACAUCAUGAGCCAAGGAAAGAGAGGACAAAUAGCAUUAGUCUCAGAAUUGUGUCCAUGUAUUAUAAUCUAUAUGUAUAUAUGUAUUUUUUCAAGGUACAUUUCCAAAGCCUUUUCUUUGAACAGGACAAUCUCUGCAGCCAGCUAGGGACACCCUGCCAUUGGGAUCAGAGCAAUCUCUUCAUGUAUUACAGUUUGAAUUUAUUUGUACCCUAAGGCUGUCUAUCUUUAUUGUAUUUGAAUCUUCAUGAAUAAUUCUUUUUCCCCCAGCCCCUGAGAUUACAAAGUAAAAUUAAGCUGGUCUGCCUUAAAUAAGCUCAAAAUAAGAAAUACCUGAUACUAUAAUGAGGUGUGACUCUUGUGGGAAUGCUACUUAAAUGAUUAUGCAAAGCUUUAAGAUACACACUUUUCUUUUUCAUCUGAGAAAACCAUUGUCCAUUAACACUUGCAUCGUGGUUCCUCCUAUUAGCAGAACAGAAUGUAAAAGGUAGAACAUGACCUAUUUUGAGCUUGCUAAUAAUCUCUGCAUCUCAGUACUGGACUUCAUUCUCCCUGUUGUCUAAAUCCUUUCCUGAGCCUGAAUUGGGAGGUUAGGGAAAGUGCAUUAACCCUUCAGGAUAUUAAAAGAAUUAAAUGCGUGCUGGUAUCUAAAACCUUUUCCUUUUAGUUAAUAUACCAGGCUAGGUUUAGACAAAAGUCACUAUGGCUUUAUGGCCCCUGCCAUUAUAGCUUGAAAUAUAAAUGGUUGCAAGAUACAUAGUGAGAUGGCAGUGUUAUAUAGUUGAAAGAGACCAGAAUAUGGAGUCAGAGGACCUGCAUUCAUAUCAUUCAUGGUUUUGCUUCUUUUACUACCUCUAGAUCUUAGAAAAGUCAUUUACCCUGGGACUGUUUUAUAAUCUAUAAAUUAGAGAGUUAAUUAGAGGUUCACUAAGGUCCUUUUCAGCUUCAAAACCCCUUCUACUUACUUAUGAGCAGCCUAGGAUCCUGCCUAGUAUUUGAAAAGGGUAGUACCUAAUUGUCCAACAUAUGAAUGACACAAAACUGGCAGAUAACAAGAAACUGGAAGGCACAGUUCGUACAUUAGAUGUCAGAACUGAGUUUUGAGUUUUAACAGGUUGGAACAGUUAGUAAACCAAAGAUCACCCAUAAGAUAAAAUGUAACAGAGGCAAGGAUAAAGUUCAAUACUUGGGUUAAAGAAAUCAGUUGAAGAAGUUCAACAUGAGGGGGAAUAUGGGUAGAAAGCAGCAGUUUAUUUGAAAAGAAAAAAAAAAAAAAACAAACCCUGGGAAUCGAGUUAACUGAGUGCCUGAAAUGCCUAUUUUACAUCAAAGCUGCAUCAAGGUCCUCACCCAUUGGCUAGGAUGAUACCCCACUGACCAUGAGGGUCAUGAGAAAAAUCAAGUGCUUAAUAAUGUUUGCUUAGGCCUGUCUUGCCUAUUUUGGGACUUCUUAAAAACAUUUAGUAGUGUAUAGAGCACUGACUUAAGAUUCCUGAGUAUCUAGAAUACUGCAUGUGGUUUUAAUUAUCCUACCUAUUCUCACCUUUGAAAUGUUGUCCCUUGUGUACAAUACUCAUUGAUUCAAAUACCUAAUACCAUGAAAUUGGGCUCCAGUUGCUAUCCAGUUACAGUCACAUCUGAAUCAUUGCUAGGUGGGUUCACCUUCUUAUGCAUGUCUUAGCCAAGUGUGAAUGCUGUAUUUGGUUUUUCUUUACCUUGGUUUGUUUAUUAUCAGGAGAGGAUACUAUAUGCAGUAUUAUAUUGAGGCAGUACAGAUCUUUCUCAAAAUACCAAUGCAUUCUCUGUGACAUCAAGUAAAUGUCUAUCACUUCUAAUUUACAUCUGCAAUUCUUGCCAGCAUGGGCCAUGGCUCCUUUUUCAAAUGAUUACAUCAAUGAAAAUGGAAAUUGGAGUAACUUUAAACUAUUCUUUCCCUCUCUCCCUACCCACUUUCACUAGCACUUGAAUUUUGGAAAAAGUAGCUAGUAUUGAGCCAGGCUCUUCCUGUAUUUCUCCUUAGCCAUUGCUGCAUGGUGACCAUCAGUGCUUUUACUGAUGGUCUCAUAUUGAGAAAGCUGUGGUAGGUAACCCUACUUCAUGAAGGGAGCUGAGUAAUCAGGAUGAUUGUAAAGUAUUUUGUAAAUAUGUUAUGCUUUCAGAAAGAGGAAGUCUUACUGAUCUAGAUUAUGGGAAACUCUCAACUGAGGCAAGGUUUUAAAGGGUCAUAUUCAAAAGAUGGAAGGAGAGCACAUAUCCAAGAAUGAAUAUGAAAGUGUCAUAGGCCUGCCUGCAAUGAGUAUCCAGAACUUUUUUGUGAACUGGGGCUAUCAAAAAUGCUAAGGGCUAACAAAAAGGGCUUUAGAAAAAUGUGUAACAAAGCCUUAACAAAAACAAAUGUUGAAAACUACCUUUUCAUGUAUUUGAAAAAUAAACUAUUGUUUGAAAUUUUUUAAAAAGAAAAAUGCAUAAGUUGGAAAAAAAGUAAAGAAGAAAUGAGAGAUAGGUCAAUGAUCUAAGCUAAAUAGAAAGUUUAAAACAGAUGAAGCAAAAAAACCACAAUUAAACCUCUGCUUCUUUCUUCUCUGUUAAGAAGUUGUUGUUAUUUCUGACGCUUCAUGAACCCACUUGGGGUUUUUUUUUGACAAUAAUAUUGAAGUGGUUUGCCAUUUCCUUCUCCAGCUCAUUUAAAAAUGAAGAAAUGGAGGUAAACAGGGUAAAGUGAUUUACCCAGAAUCACACAAUUAAUAUCUGAAGUAGGGUUUGAACUCAGUAAGGUGGUCCUGACUUUAGACUCAGCACUCUUGUCAUUUGCACUACCUAGCUGCCCUCUUUCAAGAAGAAUGAUUCUCAAGCUAGAGAAUGGAGGGGGAGGAAAAGGGGAGUUGAAGAAAAUCUAGAUGAAUGAACAGAUCAUAAGAGAAGUUUGAAUUGCAUGAGUUUAAGUCAUCAAUCCAAAUCAAUUGCAUUUCAAAAUACCAACCAAGUUUGAAUAGAUUACAACAGUAGACUAAAACAGAUAACAGAUAACAGAGAGCUAGAGACUGGCAAACUUCCUGGUUUUCAAAAGGGUAAAGAUUUACUGUAGAUAAAUGCAUUUGAUGUCUGUUCAUGGCAAUAGCUAGCAUUUACAUAACACUUGAAGGUUUACAAAGCAUUCUGCAAAUAUUUGGUGCUCAUAACUAUCCCACAAGUUAGUUAUUAUUAUCUUCAUGUUACAAUCCAGGAAAAUGUGACUUGCACAGGAUCACACAACUAUUAAGUGUCUGAAGUUGAAGUGGAAAUCAAGUUUUCCUAACUCCAGAUCUAGCACUCUAUUCAUUUUGCCACCUAAAAAUGGAAGCAGUAAAACACCAAGACUCAGUGGGUUUUUCAUUAACAAUUUAUGUCUAACCUCUUUUUGUUAUCAAUUAAUCAGCAAACAUUGCAUUAAGUAGCAGUGUAUUCAAGGAACUGUAUUGGUGAUACAAAGACAAAAAUGAAAGCCUCUUUGCCCUCAAGCUUACAUUCUUGCUAGGGUUAAUACACAGAUAAAACUGAGAAUGGUCAACUAGGUGACUCAAUAGAUAGAAGACAGCCCUGGAAUUGGGGGUACCUGAAUUCAAAACCAGUCACAAACACUAACUGUGUGUCUUUGGGCAAAUCACUUCAUCCUUUUUACCUGUUUCCUCAUCUGUAAAGUGAGCUGGAGAAGCAAAUGGCAAACCACCCUUAGUGUCUUUGCCAAGAAAAUCCUAAAUGGGGUUGUGAAGAGUUGAUCACAACUAAAACUAUUAAACAAUCACAAAAGAACAGGGAAAUGUCAUAGAUAUGAUGUGGACUUAAGCAAAUCAUUAUAAAGUGAGCUUGGAAAAGAGAGUUAAAUGCUUUCUAAACUAGUUGAACAACAAGAUUCAAAGGGUGUUAAUUAGUACAUUGCCCAGUGUCAGCCUGGAAUAGGGGCAUUAAUGAAGAACUUGUAGAAGCUAGUGAAGUGGGAUCUAGUGAGUUCAAGAUUUUUUUUUCCAUGAUGUAGCCUACAUAGAGCCAUUUUUGUGGGCACAUGUUUCAGCUUCGUUGAUUAAAGCUAGAAGAGCUGGUUAAUAUGUUCAAUGACAUGAUUAUCAUCCAAAAAGAUAUUGCAAAAACACUAGGCUUGAAAAAAAUACUGAGCUAAAGCUAAUAAAAUGAAAUUGAAUAAAGAUAGACUAAUUUUCUUUUACAUGAACUCAAGGGGGAAAAAUUUGAACAAAAUGAUUCAUAGCCAAUUGAAAUAAAAAUCAGGAAGAUGUGGCUUAAAGUACUGCUUCUGACAUAUAUUGGUAGACUGAGCCGGUGAAGUCAUCUGAUCUCCUAGUGUCCCAGGCAGAUGCCCUAGAUUUGUUUAGUUUCUAAAAAAAAAGGUUUUGAUCUGAUAUUUUCUUACUGGGGAGUUUCCUGUUACAACAGAACCAAAGGUCAUAUUCUCUAAGGUCAAAGGGUUGAAAGCAGUUCACAUGAAAAUGCCAGUAGAAACAUCAGCAGUGUACCAUGAUGUCCCACAAAGUAUCCCAUGCAGAGUGAGGCAGAUGGUAACCUCCCUAGAGUCUGCCCUUUUGAGAUGACAUCUGCCCUGUUCAAUUCUAGCUGCCACAUUUUUGGAGAGAAACUGACAAACUGGAAUCCUCAUGCAAUGGAGGGAUACUGGAAUAAAGAUGGAAUAUAAAAUGUCUGCCCUUGAGGGCAGAGAGGCUUUCACUUUGUCUCACCAGCUCCAGUUCCUUGAAUACACAGCUGUUGUUUGCCCUUCUUUCUGAAGAGGACCAUGACACUGGGGAGGUGAUGCCAUGAUGUGCAAGUGAAUUGGAUUUAAGUGAGGGAGGGCUGUGCAAGGUCCCUUGCCUCAUUUUCCCUUCCAGAAUUAUCUGGGGCCAGGGGCAAGAUAGAUCAAGAUGACUGCAGAUGGCUCUGUUUGAAAUAUGUAAGGUCUUCAACAGGUCUCAGUUUGACUGAGGCUGCACCCAUUCAGUGAAUAAAUAAGAAUGAGGGAAAGAUCUCCUCAUUCACCUAGGAAAUCUAAAUAAUCUAAAUAAAUGAAUGAAUGAGUGUAUGAAUACACUGCUACUUAAUGAUGAACCAACUGAAAGAACUGAAGAUGUUAAAGCUGAAAAAAAAAGAUGGCAUAGGAAAGUGGAGGAAAAAAGAGAAUUAUCUUCAAAUACUUAAAAGGGCUUUCAUGUUAAAGAGUUCCAAUGUGUUUUAGAAUAGCUCUCCUGGAGUGGAACUAUGACCAAUGUGGGUCAGAGGUGUUGGAAGGGAAGUGUUGGCUAAUGUUAAGGAACAGUUGCUAGCAAUUGGAGUUCUCAAGAAAUGGGAUGAGCUGCUUGGAUUUGGUCUUUCUAAGCUUUGACUUUUGCAAUUUUGGAGUUGUUUUUUUUUUUUUUUUUUUUUAAUUCCCAAUUUGCUGAUUCCCUGUGCAUUUUUCUUUUUUCUCUUGAUUUCAAAUAGCUUGUUUACCUUCCAGGUAAUUACAGACUAUCUUGUCUUGGUGAUAUUGCAUGAUUCAGGUCCAUAGGGGUCAGCAAAUUUUAACCAUGAAGAUUUCUACCAAGAGGGAUGGAGACAUCUUUUACUAUGUUCUGAGAAUUCUUCAAGACAGGGCAUCUACUGUACACAAGUCUUCAACUAGAUCUUUAAAAGAAAAAAAAGGCUCUUUUAGCAGUUAAAUCACACCUUCUUACACUCCCAUCCUUUGCCCUGUUUGUUGUGGUCUAACUUGGUAUGUUUUUUUAUAGACUUUUAUUGUG